AAACUUUCACGUUUUUUCUUAAUUUUGCGAAUUCCAAUACAGACCGAACCGCCUUUCUCUUCGCUAUAUAUAAAUAUACAGAGAGAGUAAAAAAUUCAGCUCAUUGUAUUGGAUCAUCAAUUUUCGAAAUCUGAGAUUAACAAUUAUGGAUAAAGCAAUCGAGAGACAAAGAGUUCUUCUUCAACAUCUACGUCCUUCACAGACAUCUUCUUCUUUGGAAAACAUUGAAUCAUCUAUUUCUGCAUCUGUAUGCUCUGCUGGAGACAGUGCUGCUUACCAGAGAACUUCUGUUUUUGGUGAUGAUGUUGUCAUAGUUGCUGCAUAUAGGACUCCUCUUUGCAAAGCAAAGAAAGGAGGCUUCAAGGAUACUUAUCCUGAUGAUAUACUUGCUGCAGUUCUAAAGGCGGUGAUUGAAAAAACUAAUGUGAACCCUAGUGAAGUUGGGGAUAUUGUUGUCGGCUCGGUUUUGGCCCCAGGUUCCCAGAGGGCAAGCGAGUGCAGGAUGGCUGCAUUUUAUGCUGGUUUUCCUGAAACCGUGCCAAUUAGAACUGUAAACCGGCAAUGUUCAUCAGGCCUUCAAGCAGUUGCUGAUGUAGCUGCAGCUAUUAAAGCUGGAUUUUAUGACAUUGGUAUUGGUGCUGGAUUGGAGUCUAUGACCACAAACCCAAUGGCUUGGGAAGGAUCAGUCAACCCAAAAGUCAAGACAAUGGUACAAGCUCAGGACUGUCUUCUUCCUAUGGGUAUUACUUCUGAGAAUGUUGCACAUCGCUUUGGUGUGACAAGGCAGGAACAAGACCAGGCUGCGGUUGAUUCGCAUCGUAAGGCUGCUGCGGCCACUGCUUCUGGAAAAUUCAAGGAUGAAAUAAUUCCUGUAGCCACAAAGAUUGUUGACCCAAAAACUGGAGAUGAGAAACCAGUAACCAUCUCUGUUGAUGAUGGAAUACGACCAAAUGCCAGUGUGUCAGACUUGGCAAAAUUGAAACCAGUGUUCAAGAAAAGUGGAACUACUACUGCUGGGAAUUCCAGCCAAGUAACUGAUGGUGCUGGAGCUGUACUUCUAAUGAAAAGAAGCAUUGCAAUGCAAAAGGGACUUCCUAUCCUUGGUGUAUUCAGAACCUUUGCUGCCGUGGGUGUAGACCCUGCCAUUAUGGGAAUUGGUCCAGCUGUUGCAAUUCCAGCUGCUGUCAAAUCUGCAGGCCUUGAACUUGAAGAUAUUGAUCUCUUUGAGAUAAAUGAGGCAUUUGCAUCACAAUUUGUUUAUUGCCGGAAGAAGCUUGGACUUGACCCAGAGAAGAUCAAUGUCAAUGGAGGUGCAAUGGCAAUCGGGCAUCCCUUGGGCGCUACAGGUGCGCGGUGUGUUGCAACGCUGUUACAUGAGAUGAAGCGUCGUGGAAAAGACUGCCGCUUUGGUGUGGUGUCUAUGUGCAUAGGCACUGGAAUGGGUGCUGCUGCAGUCUUUGAAAGAGGAGACUCCUGCGAUGAGCUACGCAAUGCCCGUAAAAUCGACAGUCACAACCACCUUCUAUCUAAAGAUGCUCUUUAAAGAGAGGAAGGCAUACACAAUAGUUUCAUUAAAUAAUAUUUACAAAGAACAAUAAGUGUAGCUUUGAGAAAUUUCUUGGAAGAGAUCAUUUCCAGAAUUGCAUUAAUUUGGUCUCUUUCUCUAAAAAUUUUAUUAUAAGAACAGUUGUGUUCCUUUCAUUUGGUUUGAAGAUGAUAAUAAAAAACAGCUUCCUCCUUAUCCAAAUUA